ACAAGUAUUCUAGUCGUCGGUUCUGCAGUGGCCGAUUCGAUACUGAAACUUGACAACUUUUUCGUGGAAGUUAACGAAAUUAAUUGAUUUAAAAACAGAUUUGUCUGAAAAUGUGGCCAAGGAAGCGUAGCAAGUACACAAUAUCGUAAUGGAGAAGGAUUCUGAACACCAAGGUGCCCUUGACCUCAAGACAGAGGGAAAUCAGUAUUUCAAGGAAGAGAAAUAUGAAUUAGCAGCAUCCUGUUACACUCAAGCUCUCAAAUUAUUUACACCAGAAGAAAAGGACAAAGGAAAACUGAAAGAUAGAGGAGUGAUUCUGAAGAACAGGGCAGCUUGUUAUUUGAAACUUGAGAAGUAUGAAGAAGCUGUAACUGAUGCAACUGAGGCACUGGAGGCAUUACCAAAUGAUACAAAAGCCCUCUUUAGGAGAUGCCAGGGACAAGAAAAACUUGGAAGACUUGAGGCUGCAUUCCGAGAUGCAAGGACUCUCAUCCAUAUUGAACCAAAGAAUACCACUGUUCAGGAGACUCUUAAGAGACUUGGAGCACAGUUACAAGCAAAGACUGAUCGAUGCCGCACCACUGAUGGUCUUGUGGGGGAGAUGUUUACUUCCCUUUUCAGUAAUGAAGAAAGUGAAGAGAAAAGAAAGCAAGCCAUUAAGAAUCUUGUGAUUUUAGCUAAUGAUGAACCAGGAGCUCAAAGGAUAUUUAGAGGAGGUGAAUUACCAAGAGUGAUGUCCUUGCUGAACAGUGGGUCUGAUGAACAGACUGUGGCAAUGCUGAAAGUCCUUAAAGGAUUAUGUACCAACUCUAAAUUGAGGACAUUAUCUGUUUUAAAGGAAGUUUCUUUGUCAAGGCUGUUAACUCUGAUUGAAUCACCAGUGACUGAAGUUUCAACAACAGCAGUUUUAGUCCCACAACAAGCCCUGGAGUCACUUGUUCCAUUGCCACCAGACAAAAAGAAAAUGAAAGAUCAACAACCACCACAGGAAUUAGAAAAUAAGGAAGAAAUUCAAGGUCUUCUAACAUUGCUCAUGGAUGCUGCUAUGAGUGAAAAAGUUGGUGCUGAGAGUCGUGAUGCAGUGAUUGAUGUUUUUAUCAAAGUUGUUCCAAAAAACAAACUGGCUGUUGAACUACUUGUGAAAAUUGGAGGUAUUCGUAAGCUGAUGGUUAUCGCUGCCAGUACUGCUCCUUUGGAGUCUCAAGGGAAAGAAGCCCUUGCAGUGUCUAACAAUACUCGAAUGCACAUUUCUGUUGCUCUGGCAAAGAUGGUGGAUUCUUUUGGCUAUCAUGAAAAGGAAAAAGAACCUCUUAUGGAAGAUGCAACGGCAGCUAUCAGCCAGUAUCUCAAUCAAAGCAGCCCGGAAGCGCACAUCAAAGGAGCAACAGCGUUAAGUUGUCUUUUCCAGGGAGUACAGGAAGCGGCAGCCACUGUUCUUGGCAAUGAAGAAUUUUUGGGUAAAAUGGUCGCACUUGCGGAAAGGGAAGACCGCGUGUCUCAGAUUGUUGCAUCUGAAACAUUAGCGUUAGGAGCAUCUGAAAAGAAAUUAAGCACAGUACUGAACACAAAGGCGUUACCUGUUUUGAAGGACUUGUAUCAUUUAAAGGAUGACAGUAUAAGAGUCAGAGCCUUGGUGGGUCUUUGUAAACUUGGUACCACGGGAGGAGGGACUGUGAAUGAUCAGACAUUCGUAGAGGGAGCCACAUUAAAGUUGUACAAAUCAGUGCGUAGUUUCCUGACAAAAUCUAAGAAAGAUUUAGAGCUGCGUAAAUGGGCAGCUGAGGGAUUGUCCUUCCUUACUAUGGACGCUGAUGUUAAGGAGACUUUCCUUGAAGAUCAGCAGGCCCUCAGGUCACUCAUGGAACUAGCAAAGGCUAAAGAUGGCUCACUGUUAUACGGAGUUUGUCAAACGCUCGUCAACCUUACAAACACGUUUGACAAACCAGAAAUUCCGGAUGAAAUGAAACAGCUUGGUGAAUUUGCCAAAGUCAAGUUGCCGAAAUUCUCCGAAAAGGAUGGCGAGGAAUACGUCAAAAAGAGAAUCAAGAAACUUGUCGAGGAAGGUAUAUUAUCAGCGCUUGUUAACCUGUCUGAUACAGAGAGUAAUACCAGUAGAGAAAUGAUAUCAAGAGUUUUUAUGGGGAUAACAAAUGAGCAAGAACACAGAGGUGUUACUGUGCAGCAAGGCGGAGUUAAGGCGUUGAUCUCCCUUGCUGCUCAAAACACAGAGAAAGGAGCAGACUUUUCUGCGCAAUCUGUGGCUAAAAUUGCUAUCACUAUGAACCCGGAAGUCGCAUUUCCUGGACAAAGAUCUUUUGGCUUGGUUCGUCCUCUGCUGAAGUUACUGCAUCCUUCUAAAACGGCCUUGCAACAAUUUGAAUCACUUAUGGCUCUGACAAACCUGGCGCAAAUGAACGACGAAGUCAGGCGGCAUAUUGUGAAGGAGCAAGGCUUUUCAUUGAUCGAAAGUCUGAUGUUUGAUGAACAUGAUCUGGUUAAAAGAGCCGCAACUGAGUGUAUGUGUAACAUGGUGCUUUGUGAAGAGGUAUUCAAAAUGUACGAAAAAGAAGACGCCCCUACAGAAAGAGUGAAGCUUUUGACUCUGUUGUCAGGCGAAGAAGACUUUGAACUGUCACGGGCGGCUUCUGGUGCGUUAGCAGUCCUCUCCUCGAGCGAGAAAGUAUGCAAACAGAUUAUAAAGGUCUCAUCUUACAUGGAUAUCCAGAAGCAGCUGUUGGUUUCCGAGAAGAAAGAGCUCAGGCACAGAGGAGCUCAUAUUGCAGCCAACAUGAUAUCUGCGAACAAGGACAUAGCUACUAAGCUGAUCGAAAGUGAAAUUCUCGAGAUCCUGAUGGUUUUCUCUAAAGACAAUGAUCCUGACAUGUCAAUGGUUAAAGCGUGCGCUGAAAGAGCACUGGAGACUGCUGUGGAACUGAAUCUUAUUAAAGAAAAUGACGAUCAAGAUGCCAGUUGAUGACAGCGAAAAGGUGUUCAGUUAGCGUAGCUAGGAGAGUUUUAUAACCUCAAAGUGAUACAGUCAUUCUAAACUAAUUUCACUUAUGAACUGAUACGAUCGAGAAACAAAAAGCUGUAUUGAAGCUAUCCCACAAGCCUUUGGUCCCUUUCGAAGCGUUCUUUUUUGGUUUACCCUGACUAAGCCCUAGUCGAUUUUGCUCAUGCUAUAAAAGCGAUAUUUGUGCAAUUUGAGGUCUUGAGAUUACCUUUAAAUGCACGACAAAGUCAUUUAUACGGGUUUUUUUUUUAAGAAAAACCAAAUUGUUGCAAAAGUAAACGUUUUAGCUAUAAAGGUGAAUUGUUUUUUUAUGCUUUGUAAUGAAAUUUUUGGUAAAAAGGCAAACAAACAAACAAAACACAAAAAAAUGAAAAACACGUCAUGUUUUUUGUCAUGUAUGAAUAUAAAAAUCAUUGUAUGUUAUAUUUUGGAAGAAUCGCUUGACAAUUUGACUUCAACAUUUCCGAAAAAGGAAUUUUCAAAGCCGUUCGCCCUUCACUAAAUGUACCAAAAGCGUUUAGAAUGUCGUCAAUAGUUACACAUUUCAAACAUGUAUCACGUAUUCUGUAAGUGGGUUGUUCCCGUUAAGCAGUACCCGACCAUGAAGUGUUAAUCCUGCUGAGACUAUCAAAACGUAUUUUAGUAUAUUUUAUAACAUCUGAAGUUGUUUUGUGAAUAAAAUGGGUGUGGUUUA